UCUGUCAGUGUUGAAGGUACAUGGGCAUUGAUUCAUUGUUCUUGGAUGUUGGAUGAACUCUACCAAACAGCAUAUGCCUCCAAAAGUUUAUCUUGCAACAGCUGGUUGGCUAAUACAUACAAAUCCAUUGCCUUGUACAAUCCAAUAUUUAAGUUGGUAAAUCCGAAAGGCAAUUCACUCAUUAAUAUAUAAAAAUGUUUACAUGUGCACAUAGUGAUGGCAAAUCCAGUUGAAGAAAUAGAAACUGGUUCUGAGACCAUCAGCAACAGCAGCAGCAGUUACGAUGUUUUUCUGAGUUUUAAGGGUGAAGACACGCGUUACGCCUUCACCGGUCAUCUCUACUAUGCCUUGUGCCGCAAGGGAAUCAAAACCUUCAUGGAUAGCGAGGAUCUGAGGGUGGGAGAAACGACUCGACCUCAACUCUUUCAGGCCAUUGAAGAAUCCAAGGUUUCAAUCGUUGUUUUCUCCGAGAACUAUGCAGAUUCCACUUGGUGUCUUGAUGAACUUGCCAAGAUCCUCGAGUGUCAGGGGGAAAAGGGCCAGCUUGUGUUUCCCAUAUUCUACAAAAUAGAGCCUUCAGAUGUACGGCAUCAGAGAAACAGUUAUAGGCUUGCCAUGGCUGCUCAUGAAAAUAAGUUUGGUUGUUACUCCGAGAAGGUGCAGAAGUGGAAGUCGGCCUUGCUUGGAGUAUCUAACAUAACAGGAUAUCAUUUAAAAGAAGGGUUCGAAUUCAAGUUCAUUCAAGAUAUUGUCUGCAAGGCCGCCACAAAAAUUUCUCCUAAACAGAUACCUUUGGAGGAGAAUGUAGUUGGACUGCAGUUUCGAGUUGCAGAACUGAAGUCACUCUUAGAUAUUGAGUCUAACAAGAACACUUUCAUGUUGGGGAUCAUCGGAACCGGUGGAAUUGGCAAAACAACACUCGCUAAGGUUUUCUAUAACUCCAUUUGCAAUGAAUUUGAGGGUGCUUGUUUUAUUUCCAAUGUCAGAAAAGCUUCCAACCAAGACAAGGGGAGAAUAUUCCUGCAACAAAAGAUCCUGUCAGAUGCUCUUGGGGUGCAAAAGAUCAAGUUGGACAGUGUUGAAAAAGGAAUACAUACAAUAAAAGCCAAUCUCAGCACAAAAAGAGUUCUCAUAGUUCUAGAUGAUGUUGACAAGAUAGAACAGUUGAAAGAAUUAGCAGGAGGAUGUGACUGGUUUGGUCUUGGGAGCAGAAUCAUUGUAACAACAAGAGAUAAACAUUUGCUGGUAGCUCAUCAGAUCAGAAGGAUUUAUGAAAUGGAAAUGAUGAAUGAUCGAGAAUCACUUGAGUUGUUUUGUCAGAAUGCCUUCAAGAUGAGUACUCCUGCUAGAAACUAUGAAGACUUGUCGAAUCGAGCAAUACGUUAUGGAAAAGGUCUUCCAUUAGCUUUAAAAGUCAUAGGCUCAGAAUUGAUUGGUAAAGAUCUGCAAGUGUGGGAGUCUUCUUUGGACAAAUAUGAGAAGAAUCCUCAUGGAGAUAUCCAAAAUAUUCUUAGAAUAAGUUAUGACAGUCUUGAACGCAAUGAAAAGGAAAUUUUCCUUGACAUUGCAUGUUUUUUCAAUGGGCAGAGAUUGAAAUAUGUUAAAAGAAUACUAGAUGGCUGUGACUUUUACACAGACAGUGGUAUUAAAAUACUAGUUGAUAAAUCUCUCAUAACCAUUGAAAAUGGUUACUUGAGGAUGCAUGAUCUAACACAAGACAUGGGUAGAGAGAUUGUGAAGCAAGAGGCACCAAAAGAGUCUGGUGAACGCAGUAGGUUAUGGCUUUGUAAAGAUGUUCUUGAAGUACUAACUGAAAAUAGGGAAAAUAGUAAAACUGAAGGAAUGAAACUAGAUUGCUAUGGAGAAGUCAACUGCUGUGAUGAUACCUUGGAGAAAAUGAUGAAACUUAGAGUUCUCAUUGUUCACAAUGCAAGCUUCUCCUCAAAGCGUAUUCGUCUUCCCAAUACAUUAAGACUUGUUGAUUGGAAAGGGUACCCUUCAACAUCUUUUCCAGCAGCAGGAUUUAAUCCCAGUAAAAUUGCUGCCUUCAAUUUAACUUGUAGUUCUCUUGUAUUAAAGAAGCCAUUUCAGAAAUUUGAUCAAUUGACUUACAUGAACUUCUCCUAUUGCCAGUCCAUCACUCAAUUUCCUAGUGUGUCUGGAGCCCCAAAUUUAAGAGAUUUGGUACUUGACGGAUGCAAGCAAUUAGUUAAGAUUCAUAAUUCAGUUGGAUUUCUCUCUAAACUUGUUUAUUUGAGUGCUUCAGACUGCACUCAACUAAGGAGUUUUCUACCAGAAAUCUUUCUACCAUCUCUUGAAUAUCUUUCUUUUGACUUGUGUAAAAGACUAACGCAUUUGCCAAGGUUGAGAGAAAACAUGGAUAAACUAUUAAAGAUUUCUGUAAUACAUACUGCUAUUAGAGAGCUUCCGCUAUCUUUCGCUAGCAGUCUUUGUGGGCUCGAAUAUUUAGACAUGACAAAUUGUAAGCAACUUCAAUGUGUAUUUACAGGAUGGUUUCCAAAGCUUCGAACAUUGAAGAUUGGAGGGUGUUCUCAACUUCGGAAAUCAUUAAAUGUAGAUACAUUUUUUCUUCUAGAAUAUCGUUUGAUGAGUUUGCAUCUUAGCAAUGCAAGUCUAUCAGAUGAUGACCUUGAGAAAAUUAUGCAGAUGUUUCCCUAUUUAAAAGACUUAAUUGUGUCCUCAAACUGCUUUGAGAAAAUCCCGUUUAAACACUCCUUUUUCUGGACAAGUCUUGAUGUUAGUUACUGUCUAAGCCUUAAAUAUGUUUUAGCACUUCCUUCUAGCAUUCAAAAAGUAUAUGCAAGACACUGCAAUUCCUUAAGGACAUACUCAUCAUCCACGCUAUGGUCACAGAUGCGCAAAGAGAUAAAAGGAUUGCAAAUUGUGAUGCCGAAGACACAACUUCCAAAAUGGUUGGACUACUGUGACUCUGGAGGGAUCCCCUUCUUAUGGGCACGUGGCAGGUUCCCUGUAAUGGCUCUAGUGUUGGAGUUUGGCAAAAUGGACUACCAAGAUAUUAGUCUGCAUUUGUUCAUUGACGAUGAGCAUAUAUACAGCCAGCGCCCUCAAAGGCAUAGUUUUGCUCUUGCAGAGGAUCAUGUGCUCUUGUGUGACCUGCGACUACUAUUCAGUGAUGAGGAGUGGAAGAGGCUUGAUGUGCGUCUUGGACAUGAUAAUGAUUGGAAGGCAGUGCAGGUGAAGUGUGAAGCAGGCUUGAACUUAAGACAGUGGGGAGUUUAUGUGUACAAGAAUGAAACAAACAUGGAUGAUAUACAAUUCCCGUGUCCUUAUUAUCAUGAAGAAGAAGAAGAAAAGUCAUUCCUGGAGGCUGUGACAACAUCACCAAGUGAUGAGAUGGAGGAAGAAACUCUAGCGGCAGUCUCAAGUAGAAAGGAAGAAUGGUCAUCCCCUGAAUUAUCUGAUGAUGAUUCAAAUCAUGAUAAUCGUUCCCCUGGAACUUGUAGCCUUUGUUGUUCGGCAUUAUUGUCAAGCUUCAAGAAGCGGCUUUGCUGUUGUAAGGUGAGAAGGGCGAGAAGUAUUUCAUGGUGGAUAGUUUUAUGGAAUCAAUGGAGACGGAGGCAGAGGAGGCUAAGGGAAGAGGAGAGAAACUGGGAAGAAGAGAGAAAAAUGGAGAGAGACAUGAGACGGCAGAAGGAGAGUAUGGCAAAUGAAGCAAUGCAGAGAGAUAUGGAAGAGUUGUUGGAGAACAUAAUGGUGGAGGAGGACCAGCUGAAGAAAGAGAGAUCAGAGACGUGUGAAAGUCAGAGAGAGGGGAGAGAAAGGGGACAGAUUGAAGAGAAAGAGGACAUGGAAGAGGAGGAGAGCAAGAGGUGGAGGGAUAGAAGGCAGACAAUAGAAGAGACAUGGAUAGAGGAAAGGCAGCAGAAGGCAGAGAAAGAGACAUGUUUGAGUCAAAGAGAGGAUAUAAAAAUGGAAGAGAUUGAAGAGGUAGAGAACGUAGAGGAGGACAAGAGCAAGAGGUGGAGGGAGGGAAAACAAAAGAUGGAAGAGACGUGGAUAGAGGAAAGACGGCAGAAAGAAGUGGUUGAAGAGACGUGGAUGGGGGAAUUUGAUUGGAGUGUGAUGAAGAUGGAGGUUGAAACGAAAAGAAGACGAGAGAAGAUGAGAGAAAAGGAAGAAGAAUGGAGGGAAAAGCAGUUGGAUGUGACAAGGGCGAUCUCUUCACAUCAUGCUCCUUUCUCACCAAACCUCCAAAUUGUGGUGCAAAAUUUGAAGAGGCUUAUAACUGUCGGAGAAGACAGUGGCUUGGACAACAACCACGAUUAUAGCUCGGAGUGGUUUCCGGACAGGACAAUAUUAAGGCAUCAUGAUGGGGAAGUGGAAGGAUAGUCGCCUCAGCUUGAAAAUUUUUUAGCUAAUUAUAACAGCAUAUGUA